AUGCCAAUUAAACGAAAAAUACGUAAUUUACCUAAUACGAAUAACCAAAUGUCAUUUUUUAAUCCAGCUUAUCCGAAUGAUAAUAAUGAACUAAAUGAGGAUGAUUUAUUAGCUGAAAGUAUACCACGACCAACAGUUGGAAAAGGAAAUAAAGAUGAAUUAAAUGAAACACAUGAUACUGAUACAAUAACUAAUAAUGAUCAAGAUCUAUCAUUAGAAAUGAUUUCUCCAACUCAAAUUAUGAAUCGUAUAAAACAAAUACAAAAUUCAAUUGAACAAGCACAAACAAUGCUUGAAUCAAUGAAAAAAUUUGAAAAUUUUGUUCCGGAUAGUGAUGAACAACAUGAAAAACUUCGUUCACUUAUUGCAAAUCUUCAAGAACAACAAAAUAGUUAUAUUAAUUUACUUAAUUUAAUUACGUUGACAGCUGAAGAACGCUCAACAAUCACAAAUAGAAAUGCUACAUCUCAGCGUCAAACACAAAUGAAUACACAUGAUGAUGAUGAUAAUGAUCUAUCACUUCGACGUAAUGUUCAAUCAUCAGUUCGGCCACGUAUAGAAAGUAAAAUAGGUUUUCUACCGCAAACAAUAAAUUUAUCAGAUAAUGAACAAACAAAUCGUAAUGAUAAUUCAAAUUAUGAUUCACUUAUUGGAAGUCUUAAAAGUGAUACAAUUAAUUUGAAAGAUCAACAAUCUACUUCUAAUGAUGAAGAAAGUGAUGGUGAAAAUGAAAAAGAAAUUGAAAAAAAUUUAAUGUUACAAAAAGAACAAUUUCGUGCUUUACAAGGUCAAAAAAGAGCAUUAAUUGCUUUGAAACGACGUUCAGAACAACGUUUAAUUGAGCAACAACAACAACAAUUAAUUAAUAAAAAAAGUACAAAUGUUAAUAAACCCAAUGAAGAAAAUAAUCUUUUAUCGGAUAUUAAUAACACACGUAAUCGUUUAAAAUCACUUCGAAAUUUAUAUGAACAAAAAAAUUCAUCAAAUAAAUCUCAAAAACCAAAAGAAAAUCGUUUAAAAAAUCUCGAACAUGUUCGUCAAAGAUUAGAUGAAUUAGAACAAAUUGUAACAUAUUAUCAAACAGAUUUAAAUAAUCAACAUAAUGAAAAUACUCUUAUUCAAUUAGAUGAUACACAAUAUUUAAAAACAUUUUUACCACAAACAAACAAUAAUAAUGUUUCUAAACAAUUUGACAAAGUAUCAAGUGAUUUAGCUGCUAAAAGAUUAGAACUCGAACAAGCAAAAUCUGCCUUAGCUCAACUUCAACAAAUGGUUAAAAACAUUCAACCUGAUGAAUAUUCUUUAUCUACAAAUUCUACUCCAAUACAACAAAAAUCUUCAUCAAAAAGAAAUAGUUUUGAACAACUUUCUACUAAUUCAAUCAAUUCUACUCCAAUUUCAUCUCAACAAACUCAAAUUGAAACACCUAUUGCAAAUAAAAAAUCAUCUCUUUUAUCAAAUAUUCUUUCAUCUCAACAAGUUCCACAACCUCAUUCAACAAUUAAUAAUUAUGUUGAUGGUGAAAUGGCAGCACAACAUCGUGAAAUUGAACGUUUAAUUGAAUCUCGGCAACGUUUACAUACAAUAAAAGAUCAAAUUGUUUCAUUACAACAAACUAUGACAACACCAUCAAUUCAACAAAAACAAAAUUUAACAAAUGAAAUAAAAAUUGAUAAUAAGAAUCAUCCAUCAUAUAGAUCUAAUCAACAAGAAUAUUUAAGUCAAGAUGAUAAUGAAUUAGAAUUAUGUAACUUACAAUGUGAAUCAGAUAAUGAAGAACAAACUGAUGAUGAUAAAGAUAGUCCUGUUCACUUGGAUUAUUAUUUUCCAUCACAACAAAAACAAUCUCAUAUAAAACAAACUAAUCUUUGUGCAUCUGAAAAUAUAGUUACUAAACAAGAUCAACAUUCGAAUGAAUUAAGUACACAAAUGCGUGAAAUAUGUCAUUGUUUAUCAACAUUUAUUGAAGAACAAAAAACUUUUAAUCAUAAUAUUGAACAACGUCUUACAAAUUUAACAAAACCUUCAUUAUUACAAACAAUUGAUCCAACAUUUAAUCAUUUUCAACAACAAACUUUAACUCAAAGUCUUAUUGUUAAUUUAAAUACAGCAUAUCGUGAAAUAGCUGUUUUACAAUCGGAAAUCAAUGCACUCCAAUCAGAAAAUAAUCGUUUAACAUCAUCAAUAUCAUUUGAUAAUCAAUACUACCAUCAUCAUCAUAUGCCACGUUCAUAUUCAAGAGAUAAUUCAAAAGAUUCAAUCUAUAGUUUUGAUCAAAUUAAAUCUAAUAUACGUCCACAACCACGUUCAAAAUUUGAUGAACAAUUAAAACAACAAAAUCAAAUUUUAACAACAAAUAAUUUAUUUGAAAAUUCAAGUAAAACAUCAUUUAAUAGUCAAAGUACUGGAAAACAAACGGCCAUUCAAGUCGAAAAAAUUCAUAAGGAUACAACACCAAUUAAACAAGAACGAAAUGUCUUAGCAAAACUUUCUACUGAAUGUUUAUCUUCACCAAAAUUGACAUAUGUACGUUCAAAACCAAUAUCUUCUAUUAGUGAUCUUCCAAAUCAUCAUGAUCAUUCAAUAAAAGAUGAUCGUUCGAAAUCUUUUUCAAUUCAACGACGACGAUCAAUAUUAACUGAUAAUGAAAAUAAUCAAUUAUAUAAUUAUAAACAACAACAACAACAACAACAACAAUCAUCGUCAUCAUCGUCAUCUACCAAUGAUUAUCAACAAAUUCAACAAGAUACAUUGAAAAAUGAUAAUAGUGAUGAUGAUGAACAAAAAUCAAAUGAUUUUUCAACAACUAUAUUUAAUAUUCAACCAUCUGCUUAUUAUACAUCAAUAACUCAAGAUUUAGAAAAUGUCGAUAUACAAACACUUGAUUUACAAGUUAAAUCAAUUAUGGUUCAAUUAAUUCCAUUUAUGCGAUUACAUAUAGAUGAAAUUUUUAAUCAAUCAACUCUUAAUCAUAUACGUGAACGUAUUUUAUUUUUAUUUAAACAACAACCUGAUUCAGCUGAACUAGUACGUCAUUUUCAAAAUCCAUUUUCUGAAUUAAUUGAAAAAACAAUUGAAAAAUAUUGUGGAACAACUAUUCGUGAAUGUGCUGCUGAUCUUAUUCGUGAUAUAUCUGAUGUUGCAUUUGAUGAAUUAGUUAAAUAUAAAAUAUAUGAAAAUACAAAUAAUUUACAAAGAAAAAAUCAUAUUGAUGAAAAUACAGAAUUAUUAAUUAAACAAGAAGAUGAAUAUUCACAUUUAUAUGGUCCAUCGACUACAUAUUAUACACAACAAGUAUCACCAUUUGAUGAUGGAGAAAAUGAUAAUAAAUAUCAAAUUGAAUUAGCUGAAUCGGAAAGUCGACCAUUAAUGUUAAUCGGUAGUGAUGAAGAAGAUGAUGAUGCUGAUCAAGAAGAAAAUACAGAUAGUGAAUUAGAAACGGCUGUAUCACGUCAAGAAACAUAUUUUAAUGAAAAUAAAAGUUUAAUACCAAAUAAUUUGAAUUCAAAUGGACAUGAAUAUAUUGUUGUUAAUGGUUCAACAAAUAAUAAUAUGAUUUCUGAAAAUGAAGAACAAAAGAAUGAUGAAAUUAAUAAUUCAUAA